AUGCCAUCACAAACUCAUGACUCACAACUGCUGGACGCUGGUAUGGACGAUAUUGUUCACGAACAGUGGAAUGAUAUUGUUCACGAGCGGACCCUGGACAUCUACCCCGUCUCAUCAGCCCCAUCCUUUCAAAGGCCUGCCUUAGGCACUCAAGCUAGCCACGCAACUUCCAGAGUCUCAGACUAUGGCAGGAAUGUGCGGGAGAGAAAUGAAGCUGGUUGGGGACUUUCUCAAGACAACAACGCGCUUGCAGGCUUGCAACCAUCAGGUUCGUUUGAUUCCUUCCAGCGACCUCAUGUCGUCAGUGAUUCAGACCUGAACGAAACCAUCAACAUACCUAUCAAAACCCGUCUCAAUGGCGCAUUGCAGCUAGACAAACGCAACAAUGAGAAGCGAUUCCUGCCGAGCGGCGAUCUCAAGACCAUUUGCAACCACUCUACUGUCUACGAUGAACUAAUUGUCAACGGGUACGAUGGAUAUUAUGCAAAAUCCUAUUCUGCCUACGUGUGCGAGCAGCCUGCACGAGAGAUCUUCGCAGUACUGGUUUUGAUAAAUCAGAUCGAAUUCCUACCAGCCUUUAUACGUGCCGGGAUGACCGAUGAGAAUUUGCCUUUUAGUGGCAACGAACAACACACGGAACUCUGGUAUCGCAUUCCCGGUGGUAACAGACGUGCCAGGUUCUUGAACCACCCACAAGACGCAGAGAUGAUGAGGGAGUUUUACAAUAAACAGUGGUGGGUGCAUGUUCCAUUCUUGGAUUGGGACAAGGAGAACCGCAAGGCGCUGAAUUUUCGAUAUGAUCUGGGAACAGUCAUUCCUUGGACGUACAUCGGCCAGCAAGAUACAAGUGGAGGAUUCGGUGUUGUGGAAAAGGUCAAGAUCCAUCAAGACCAUCACUCUUUCACACAGUAUGACACCUUUGCGCUCAAAACUAUCAUCCGAACAUGUGACGAUGAUGACUACAAGUUCUUCCAAAAGGAAAUUGCGGCUUUCCGAAAAAUGAGACCCGGCCCUCACCUAGUGGAACUGUGUGCAACACUCGAGAUUACACCCAGUGACAACUUCAUGCUCCUAUUCCCGUGGGCCGAUGGCGGCAGCCUGGAAGAUCUAAUGAACAAGCCCAGGAAUGAUCUUCUAAAAGCCUAUAAUUUGACAGAGAAGGAAUUCGUGCGUUGGAUCGCUAUACAAUGUCGGGGUUUAAUUGAUGCUCUUGGCACUAUUCACGACACGCGUAUCAAGCAUUCGAGCAGCAGUCAAGACAGAGAUCUCAUCAACCAACACAAGGACUUUGGUAUACACGGUGACAUAAAGCCUGCAAAUAUCCUACACUUUAGUCAAGAGACGGCGCAUUGUCUUCUUGGGAAUCUCAAGGUUGCUGAUUUCGGCUUGAUCACAUUCCACACACGCGCGUCCAGAACCAUGAUCAAUCGCAAAUCAGCAUACGCGGCUUCGCAAACGUACCGGUCACCCGAACAUGACAUUGGUUAUUUCAUGUCUAAAAAGGUUGAUGUCUGGGCUCUAGGAUGCGUCUUCUCCGAGUUGAUGACUUGGGUCAUUCUUGAUGGGGAUGCGCGGCAGGAAUACCAACAAGAACGAACAAGAGAAUCAUCAUUUUCUGGGGCGACUAAGAACAAGGGACAAUGGCGCGAGGACAACUUCUUUCUAAAACAUAUUCAAAAGAAGAAACGAGCUACAAGACCACGCUCUGAAGGUCGUCGACGUAGGCCUAUAGUCAGAUCUAACCGGUUUCUUCGGCGCAGACCUAGAAUCAAGGGCGGUAUUUCUCGUAGUAUGGAAAGAAGGGGAUCUACAUCGGAAAGUCCAGAAGACUUUCAAGAAGUUCCACGACUCAAGAUCAGUGUAAAAGAGUGGAUCGAGAAACUAAUGUACCAGUCACGGUUCAGAGAAGGCUCAGCAUUCUUGGAACAUUUCUUGCGUUUUAUUUAUAGCGACAUGUUGAAUCCGGAGAGGAAACUCAGAACUGAUUGUGAUGACGCAGUCAAGUUUUUAGACAGUCAUGUACCACAGGAUGUGGAUAUGAACUACUGUUGUACCCUUAGAUGA